CUCCAAAAAAAUGAAUAAUUCAUAAUUGCACCUCCUUCAUCUCUCCCUCAAAAUAAUCAAUUCUUUUAUUAUCCAAAGCUGCAAACACUCAAAGGAUUUGAGCUCCUCCGUUAAUUUUUGAUGAUUGGGCAGCGGUAAUCUUCAAAGCAAAACGCUUCAUUCUGACUGGCUGGAGUUCUGAUCAAACUCAAUGAAAUGAUUCAUGCGCGUUCACUUUUCUCCAAGGUUUUGGUUGCGCACCUGUUUGCAAACACGGUUUUGGGAACUAUAAGAACUUAAAAUCAGGAAAUAUUUAUUGGAUUUGCAUGGCGGCGGUUGCCAUAAUGCAAAAUGAUCCACUGCAAGCGUUCAUUCAGGACCGGUCCCAAAACUCCACUCCAGAAAGUUCCCCCCUGACGCUGCUGGAAAACACCUGCAAUCGCAUCGGCCAUUACUGUAUUUCCAGACUCGUGCGUCACCUCCAGCACGUCCCGCGUCAGGGUUCCCCAGCUACACUCUUUCAUACAUGGAGCAGCGAUUCUUCCACACGGGAAACGUUUGCCUCUAAUAGCGGUAUGAGACUUUCACAGCACACCCUUACAUCUUUUAAUCCACACUACAAUUUGCCAGUGACCCUUCCGGAAGAGCACUAUGACUUCUCACCCGUGAAGAUGUUGUCCUGUCCGGUGCAAUCACUCCCAUCGGCAUGCGCUUAUGCCAAUCUUCCCACGUCACUUUCAAACUACAUACCCACGCACACUGGAUUUUUUCAUCAACAGGGACAGUUGGCAAGUGAGGAUAUCCACUGGUGGACUUUACAAGACACCAGCCCUAUCAGUCAUUCAUCAACAGUCACCUCGCAUCGCUAUCCAAUCCACCGCGGGUGGGUUCUGGGACACCCUGAAAUAGCACAGUACCAGUCUCAAAUCGGCACUCUCGUGCAUUCCAAAUCACCCCUCAUUGGUGCGCGCAGAAGCCGGAGAUGCAGGUGUCCCAACUGCCAAAAGACCCCUGAGGAACCGGGGAGGAGAAUGCAACACGUGUGCCACAUACCGGGCUGCGGGAAGGUGUACGGCAAAACGUCACACCUAAAAGCGCAUCUGCGGUGGCACGCAGGUGAGCGGCCGUUCGUCUGCAACUGGAUGUUAUGUGGUAAAAGCUUCACGCGCUCUGACGAGCUCCAGAGACACAUGCGCACGCACACCGGAGAAAAGCGCUUCACCUGUCCGAACUGCACGAAGCGUUUCAUGCGCAGUGACCAUCUGGCCAAACACCUGAAGACACACUUGAUAAAUAAGAACAGACCGCCGUUUCCCAUGCUGGAUCACGUGACGCGUAAUGCUGGGAGGAAUGUUUAAACAAAACUCUAAAGAUUUUUCAAAAUUAUUUUUAGAAGCACUUGGGAAAGUACUGUGAAAUAAAACUAAAGAAAUUGUUAUUUUCCCCAUAAAAGUCAUGGGGAAAUUAAUUAAUGGCUAAAAUACACUACAAGACUUUUGCUCAGAUUUUGCCCGGAUUUUCAGUCUGGACUUGUUGCAGAAAUUGAUCGGUUAGUGUUUCUAUCUGAAACUUUCAAAAAGUCUGCAAGUGUAUGACGUCUAUAGUUAAAAAAAUCUCUUCAGAUUUUAAAAGAUUUACGUACGUGCGCCAGGUAUUUAAAUUUAGUUGAUUUUUAUAAUAUUAUUGAAAGAAUGUUGUUUAGCACAUUAUAAUUGAACGAUUUUGACCAAAGAACUAAAAUGAUUUAUAUAGGCUAUAAAAUUUUGGGUAAAGCAAAAUUAUUUUUCAUUCGUUAUAUAGUGCCACUGUAAAAAGUUUCUGAAAGCUAUGUGUGAAAGAGUAAUAAAAUGACUUUAGUAUGAAUGGUAUUUUUUUAAAACGGCAUUUUUAAUGACAAAUUGUUCCUUAAUUGGUGUACAGGGGUAGGU